CGUUCGUUUGUCCCAAACAGUAGUCGCCUUGCUCUCAGCAGUUAAGCAAGUGGUUAUCAUUUAAUACACGUAUUUAGUUCAUCAUUGGAUAAUUCAUACUCAUACAUUAAAAUGGACUUGAUGACAAUGGACCACAAUCAUGGGGAUGAAGAUACUGAUUCUACUACCAAGUCUUGCCCAAUGAUUAUGGUGUUCCAUGGUGGCCACUGUGAGCGCAUUUUAUGGCGUGGCUGGGUCGCUGCAACCGUUACCGAAUUUGCUCUCUCUUGCGUUGCACUUGCUGGGCUUGCUUUCCUCUACGAACUGCUGAAAUUCUUCCGUGAUCAGCUGGUGCGGCGAGAGGGGCGCAAGGAAUCUGAACGUUUGCGUUUGGCCGAGGAGAUUCGUCAGAAGAACGCCCACAAUAGUGGAUGCUCGGAGACUCCGCUAGCCGAAAUCAGGGAGAAGACAUACUGGCAACGCAUCUUUAACUCGGCACACAUUAUUCAAUCACUAUUGAAUCUGGUGCAACUUGUGAUAUCCUAUUUGCUUAUGUUGAUCUUCAUGAAUUACAACUAUUGGCUCUGUUUGUCUGUAAUUCUGGGUCUGGGACUCGGUUACUUCUUCUUCGGUUGGUCAAAAAAGGAUCAGCAAGAUGGCGACUGCUGCCCAUAAACAGUUAUAAUCUUUAAAGCUUAUAUGACCAUAUAAACUUUUGAAGUAAGCAUGCAAAAUAAUAAUAUGUUCUGUUUUGAUUACUGUUAAGAUAUUGAGGGAUAAUAACUCGAGCAUAAAUCUUGUCAGCCCCUCUCUAUGUAACAUGGUUACCGCACAGUUAUUACAAGUACAAAAAGAAUUGGCUUUAAAUGUAUUGCUAAAAAAAACAAAUUUAUUUUGUAAAAUUUAUAAUUGUAGAGUUAUGGCAUAAAUUAGUCAACUAGAAUUUACUUAAUGAGCAUAAUGUACAAAUAGUUAUGAGAACAAGAACCUAGUUAAAUAUACUCGUUAUCGUAUCGUAUCGUA